AUGAAUGCACGGGAACUGAACGAUGAGGUGGAAUGUCAGGCGAUACUUCGUGCAGAGGACGCUGGUGUGGCGGUGGUGGUGGACGCCACGGAUUACAGCGAGCCGUUAGGCCCGCCACUCAAGGAGACUCUUAUGGAAGUAUUCGCCCGCGCCAACGAGGGCAUGGAGCUGUAUGAGAGGUUGGGAAGGGCGGAGGGCAUUGCCGCGAAGCUGCACACCGACCUUCGUAACGGUGUCACGGCCGACACCGUGGAGCGGCGGCGCGCGGUCUUUGGCAAGAACGAGCUGCCGGAGGAGGAGGCGCUGUCGUUCUGGGCGAUCUACAGGGCGGCGUGGAGCGACCGCAUGAUCCUCCUCCUCUGCGGCGCCGCCCUCGUCUCGCUUGUGCUUGGGCUGACGGUCCCGGAGCCCGGCCAGGACAAGGUGCACGGCGAGACGGGGUGGAUUGAGGGCUUCGCGAUCCUUGCCUCCGUGCUGAUCGUGACGACGGUGUCGUCCGUGAACGACUACCGCAAAGAGCUGAAGUUCCAGCGGCUGAUGGAGGAGAACUCGGCGCAGCCGAUUGCCGUGAUCCGUGACGGGAGCGAGCGGGUGAUUGACGUGACGGAGAUCGUCGUGGGGGACCUUGUGAGCCUGUCAAACGGCCUCGUGGUGCCCGUCGACGGCUUCUACGUGCGUGGCCUCAGCGUGGUGAUCGACGAGAGCAGCGUGACCGGGGAAAACGACCCCAAGAAGAAGAACGCCCAGGCCCCGAUUCUCCUCACCGGCACCGUUGUGAAUACGGCGGAGGACGCCUACAUGCUUGCGUGUGCCGUGGGCGAGUGCUCGUUUGGCGGGAAGCUGCUGAUGGAGUCGCGGCAGGAGGGCGGGCCGCGGAUGACGCCGCUGCAGGAGCGCCUGGACGAGCUGGCGGGGCUGAUUGGCCGGUUUGGCAUGGGCAGCGCGGUGCUGCUGUUCUCGCUGCUCUCGCUGUCGGAGAUAUUCCGCGUCAUCCGUGACACGGAGGAGCUGCGCAUGAAGGCGUUCCUGGACUACUUCCUGCUGUGUGUCACCAUCGUGGUUGUGGCGGUGCCGGAGGGCCUGCCGCUGGCGGUGACGAUUGCGCUAGCGUACUCGCAAAAGAAGAUGCAGGACGACAACAACCAGGUGCGUCGGCUGUGCGCGUGCGAGACGAUGGGGUGUGCGACGCAGAUCUGCAGCGACAAGACCGGGACGCUGACGCAGAACCGGAUGAGCGUGGUGCAGGGGUACGUCGGGAUGCAGCGGUUCAGCGUGCGGGAGCCUGGGGACGUGCCGGCGCCGAUUGUGCUGGGGAACGUGGCGGCGGCGGCGCGUGAGCGGCUGGUGGAGGGGCUUGCGCUGAACAGCUCGAGCGAGAAGGUGGUGUGCCGCGCCGGCAAGGACGGGGAGCCCGUGGCGCGGCCGUUCUGGCAGUGGCGGGCGGACAAGGGGAACAAGACGGACAACGCGCUGCUGGACUUUGUGGACCGCGUGCUGCUGCAGGAGGCCGACCGCGACGACCUGACGAGCCGCCCGCACCAGCGCGUGCGGGAGCGGGGCCGCGCGCACGGCUUUGCCAUCUUCCCGUUCACGAGCGAGCGCAAGUUCAUGAGCGUGGUGGCGGUGGGCCCGGGCGGGGUGCUGACGCAGCACGUGAAGGGCGGGUCGGACCGCGUGCUGGAGAUGUGCGACCGCUACUACUCCGCGGCGGGGGCGGAGGAGCCGCUGACGGACGCGGUGCGGACGAAGAUCGUGGUGCAGAUCCGCUCCCUCGCGAACGACGCGAACCGCACGAUUGGCGUGGCGUACGGGCGCGUGGCGGGCGACGCGCUUCCCGCCGACGAGCCGACGGUGCCGCUGGUGUGGCUGGCGCUGGUGGGCAUCCAGGACCCCCUGCGGCCGGAGGUGCCGGACGCGGUGCGGAAGUGCCAGCACGCCGGCGUGACGGUGCGGAUGUGCACCGGCGACAACCUGGACACGGCGGUGGCCAUCUCGCGGCAGUGCGGCAUCUACAACCGCCUGCGCGGCGACGUGGCGAUGACCGGGAGGGAGUUCCGCAGACUGGUGUACGACUCGUACGGCAACAGCGCCAACAUGGAGAGGUUCUGGCCCAUCCUCGGCCGCAUGGUGGUGAUGGCGCGCUCGCAGCCGCUGGACAAGCAGCUGCUGGUGCUGAUGCUGAUGCUUCGCGGCGAGGUGGUGGCGGUGACGGGGGACGGGACGAACGAUGCGCCCGCGCUGCGGCUGGCGAGCGUCGGCUUCGUGAUGCGGAGCGGGACGGACAUUGCCGUGAAGUCGUCGGACAUUGUGCUGCUGGACGACAACUUCCGUUCCGUGCAGCGCGCCGUCGUCUGGGGGCGGACGGUCAACGACAACAUCCGCAAGUUCCUGCAGCUGCAGCUGACGGUGAAUGUCUCGAGCGUUGUGCUGACGUUUGUCGGCUCGUUUGUGUCCCCCACGCACACCUCCCCGCUGAGCACGGUGCAGCUGCUGUGGGUGAACCUGAUAAUGGACACGCUGGCCGCGCUCGCCCUCGCGACGGAGGAGCCGUCGGAGGCGUGCCUGGGCCGCGGCCCCGUUCCCCGCAGAGCCGCACUCGUGUCACACCGCAUGUGGUGCACCAUUUGCACCAUCGCUGGCUACCAAAUACUCAGCACGUUGCUGGUGGAAAGGUUUGGCGCGGCCUGGUUUGGCGUGAGUGGGGCGGAGAUGCAGACUAUUGUGUUUAAUGUUUAUCUGCUUUCGGUUAUUUUUCAUAUGUUCAACGCCCGCAAGGUGUACGAGGAGUUGAAUUGUUUCGAAGGGUUGUGGGAGCGCUCGAGGACGUUUGUCGGCGUCGUUGCCUUUUGCUUUGCGUUCCAGGUGUUCUGUGUGGAGAUGCUUGGAAGCUUUAUGCAGGUUGUCCCGCUGCGGGGGGAUCAGUGGUUUGGGUGCCUGGCGCUGUCGCUGUUGACUCUCGUGUUUGGGGUGGUCUCGCGCCUGGUGCCGCUGGAGGAGCCGCCGUUGCCGGAGGUGCGUGCGGAGACGGAGGACAUGGAGCCCGAGGCGCGGCGCGUGGCGGUGAAGCUGGCAGCCGACGUGGAGGCGCAUUCGAUGCGGGAGGGCGCCGGCGUCGAUCUGCAGCUGGGGCGGCGGCUGCUGGCGCAGGCCAUGUGGCAGCAGGUGCGGGAGCACCACCUCGCGGUGAAGAGUGUGAACGCCUUCCGCCGGGCCCGCGUGGACCGCGACAUGCACACAAGUGUUGCCAAGGACAUAUAUUGCCGCCUGGCCGCCACCAUGUAG